AUGGCUAUAGGGCCAUUGCGAUAUCUUUUGUUUGCCAUCACGGGGUUGGCCAUCUUCUUCUUUAUCUCUAGGAGCGCUAUCCCAAUCCCCGAGAAUAUCGGCACAAAAUUAACCCCCGCGACCUACAAAGACACCUUUUCCUCCUCUCACUCCUCGCAAAAUGAUGCGCUGUCAUCAAGUGGACCGAUCAAAGACAUCCCGACGGACCGCGUGAACGCCACCUUUGUGACCCUGGCGCGCAACACUGAUCUUUGGGAGAUGGUCAAGUCCAUCCGGACGGUGGAGGACCGCUUUAACCACAACUAUCACUACGACUGGGUAUUUUUGAACGACAAGCCGUUUGACGAGGAGUUCAAGAAGGUCACGUCAGCCUUGAUCUCCGGCAAUACACACUAUGGCGUGAUCCCGAAGGAGCAUUGGUCUUAUCCCGAGUGGAUCGACCAGGAUAAGGCCAAGAAGGUCCGACAGGAAAUGGGAGAGAAGAAGAUCAUCUACGGCGACUCGGAAAGCUACCGUCACAUGUGCCGUUAUGAGUCCGGGUUCUUCUUCCGGCACCCGUUGAUGCUGAACUAUGAGUACUACUGGCGUGUGGAGCCCAGCAUUGAGCUCUUCUGUGAUGUCAGCUUUGACCCGUUCCGCUACGUGAAAGAGAACGACAAGAAGUACAGCUUCGUGCUGAGCCUAUACGAGUACUACGACACCAUCCCGAGCCUGUGGGGUACGGUGCAAAAGUUCAUGGAAGAACACCCGGAGCAUAUCGCGGACGGUAACUCCAUGGGAUUCUUGAGUGAUGAUGGCGGCAAGACCUACAACAAGUGUCACUUCUGGUCCAACUUUGAGAUUGGAAGUCUGGAAUGGCUGCGGUCCAAGGAAUACAUUGACUACUUCGAGACGCUCGACCACGCUGGUGGCUUCUUCUAUGAACGUUGGGGCGAUGCACCAGUCCACUCUAUCGCUGCGGGACUUCUCUUGAAGAAGGAGCAGAUCCAUUUCUUCAACGAGAUUGGCUACUACCACGUCCCCUUUACCCACUGCCCGACUGGUGAGCAGCUUAGGCUGGACCUGAAGUGCCACUGCAACCCUAAAGACAACUUUGACUGGAAGGGAUACUCUUGCACGUCCCGGUUCUUCCAAGUCAACGACAUGGACAAGCCCAAGGGCUACGAGAAUGAGAGCUGA